UCUCUGCCUACGUAUCCUGACUUUACUCCCGUCUCCCCAACCCACUUGCGCACCCCCCCGCCAUCCCACAUACACAAUGUCUCAAUCCGGAGCGUCCGUUUCCCAGGAGUGCAUCGAGGCGUACAACGACCUGAAGCUCAACAAGAAGUACAAGUACAUUGUCUUCAAGCUGUCCGACGACAACAAGCAGAUUGUCAUCGAGGAGGCCUCUGAGAACAAGGACUGGGAGACCUUCCGCGAGAGGCUCAUCAACGCCACCAGCAAGUCCAAGACUGGUGCCGUCGGCAAGGGUCCCCGCUACGCCGUCUACGACUUCCAGUACAGCCUUGCCUCUGGCGAGGGCGAGCGCAACAAGAUCGCCUUCAUCGCGUGGUCCCCCGAUGAUGCUGGCAUCAUGGCUAAGAUGAUCUACGCCUCUUCCAAGGAGGCUCUCAAGCGCUCCCUGACCGGUCUCGCGACUGAGCUCCAGGCCAACGAUCCCGACGACAUUGAGUAUGACAGCAUCAUCAAGACCGUCAGUAAGGGUCUUGCCGCAUAAACGUGUCGUUCCCAGCGCCGCCCCCCUCCCACACACACUUGCCGGCACCGUAUCUUGGAGCUUUUUCUUAACGCGAAGACGGAGAGCAUAUACUCUUUAGCGGCUACCGUCCUCAGAGACGAAUGAUGACCCAAUGACGGAGAGGUUGACUGUUGCAAUCGCGAAAAGGGGAGGAUGAAAUGUUAGUCUGCCGGGGGAGCCCCUGAUGGCUGUUGUCUCCGUCUCCGCUCGCGUAUACCCACGUACUCGACCGGGCGGGCCCAGACAGACCCAGGGAUUGGCCCCGGAUCAUGUUUUUUUCUCUGAGACCGCGACAAGGCUUGAUUUCCCAGAUCUGAUGGCCCUCCGCCUGGUUGUGCUGUUUCGUUUUUCACAGUACUCCGUACGGAAGUUAUCACACGCUGGGAUGUAAACACGAUUCUCGCUGUCGUCUCC